GAAGCAGGUUUCAGGCUAGCAGCAAAUCGUUCCGCCGUUUUGCGACAGCCACAUUGUUGUGAGUUGACUACAACUGAUGGAGUGUUCUUGUUUUCCAGAUGAAUAAUGAAUAUGAGCAUAAAGUUUUCGACGUGGUUCCUCUGGGUCAUGAAUUCAGGACACCCAGCGGACUACGAUUCGGUUACGUCGACGUGGCGAUGAACAGUCAAGUCAUGCCGUUUGCUGAGGGCGCCUGGUGCAACAGCGAGUGUAGUAUUCCAUCGCGCAAGGGCUGAAAGCGCAAGAAAGAGUCAAUGACGCAGUUGCUGCCUCGUGCGGCGUCUUCUUCUACUUCUUCAUGCCGCGGUAGAAGAUAUUCCAAAAAUCUAGAACCACAUUUCACCUCUAUUUCGUUUCCGUAGAAGUACUUACGCUAGACGACAAAGGUACUUAUACAAUUUUAAGACGCAGCCUUCAUACCCAUUCAAUCAACACCAACACAACUAUGACGAACGAUGGAUGGACGCCAAACAAGUGUAGUGGAGGUACGGCCGCAUUUCGUCUCGAAUCCUGCUAGCCUGUAGGUUUGACAAUCUUUCACGGCUACGCAGAGGGGAGCUGGAUAUUAAGAUACGUCCCUGCACCUGUAGCUCUAGCUGUACUUGCUACAAGGGGCACGGUGACGAUGCGGCAAAAACACGAUGUGUGGAAUUGGUAUUUGAAUUGGACUAGUGUCCACGUUUUUGCGUUGUGUGGUCUAAGAUCGUUUUUUUCCUUUUGCAUCUCAUUUCUGCUUAAAAAUGAGGGAUGACCGUGCUGGUGCGUAUGAGAAACAAAAAGUUCAUCUUUUUCUCUACAACUGCUGCACGUCGAUGCCUGAACAAAACAGCGCCAACGCGGGCUUCGUGUGCACGGUGUUGGCGAUGAUUCUCUCCGUUUAUGGCGCCUUCGUGUUUGUCGUUGUGAUUCCAGAAAUGGAACUGGUUGGGUCGGGGUACUUGCGGAGCAUCAGUGACAGUCAGCGCCCAGCACCACCCCCAGCUUCGGGAACCACACCCUACUCCGCCGGGAGGCGAAGAAAUCUGGGAGAAGACGAAGACGACGCAGAACUGUCAAACACGAAGAAAGGGAGGAAAACAGCAAAUCAGGUCGCGGACGCAGAGAGCGCUGCGACGGGAUAUGACGCGAGUGCUGCCCUCGAAGAACUCGGCACCGCGAUUUCCGAAAAACAAAAAAGCGAAACUCUACAACAGUCUGCAAAUAAGAAACCAACUGUCGGUCUACGCGGUGGCGCAACCAGCAGGGCGCCUUCCCCGUCAGCUAGCGCGCUUGCGCAGGAGAAGGAUGGUGCAGAAAUAGUAGUAAUAGAUGGCGAUGCUGACAGAACAAGCAACGCCGACGCAGCUGGUACAACUGAUGACCCGAACAAGCACAGUGACUUGCGGACAGCCACGGCACGCAAAGACGAAAAUAGUGCGCAGGUGGACACAAAGAGUGCAGAAGAGAGCCCGGAUAAAAAGCUCUCGCCAUCUUCAAUUCAGUUAAAAGAUGGUAGUUCCAUAGCAUCUUCUUCAGCGAUCACGGCAGCUACUGCUACAACGAUGACGAGCGAAAUCCCCCCUGCCCAAGAGGGGAGCGCCUCACAGGCACCCAAGAAUAAGCACGACGCCUCGGGAGGUGGGGGAGCUGCGUCCUCUUCGCUUCUACCAGAUGAGAAUAGUACCAUACACCAAGAAGACAGCGCGCUAUCACGCACGAAAUCUACUACCAAUAGCGGAAUCCAAGGAGGGCAAACUGGUGCAGCAGGUGACCUGCCCAACAACACAGGCGCAAGGGUAGAAGGAGCUACUUCACCAGAUGAGGAGAGAAGUAGGACUGACAGCGCUAAGGGUGACAACGUUUCUACAAAGAAAGCCCGGACUCCAGCGGACUCGUCCGGCGGCAUGCCAGCACCGCACGACAAUUCGGGUGACUGCGCCUCCGCGAUCAGUCGCUCUGCUGUUUUCGGUAGUUUUCUCCCAGCGUCUGGAGCGCUGGUCGAGAUCGUGUGCUUUUUCACAGAACGGUUUUCCUCCACCAAACAACAGCUGGGACCACAGUACAACGCUAGCAGCUCUACCCGACACCAAAAAACCCCUGCUACACCGCCCCCAGUGCUGGCCGAUCAUGAGGUCAGUGAAGAGAUGUUUCACGCCCGGCAGCUACAGCAGGGCGGGACGGUUCUGUGGGGCGUGAUGGGCGAGUCCACCUAUGAUGUGGUAUACCACUACUACGUACGAGACGUCGGCACGGUCGUGCUCAUCGUCUUCCACGUCGUUUUUGUCCUGCUCCUCAUCAGCUUCUACCACGCUAUCGUCGUGGAUCCGGGGCAGGUGCCGGCAAAUUGGGGCUUCUACAUGGGCGACGAGAGCAAGCGAAGGCGCUACUGCAAAAUGUGCAACGUUUGGAAGCCGGACAGGUAUCUGGAUGUCCAGCUGGGACGUACACGUACUUCUCGCUGUGGCAGACCCGCGGCCACGUUAUGAAAAUGGAAAUGUAACUGAGAAAUGCAAAAGCAAUACGUUAAUGAAGAACAUAGACAUACGAAUUACAAGUACAAAAUGAUAUAAUGAAAUUGAAAAUCGAUAGAAAUUUUUGCGCAACCAUUUUUCCAGGACCCACCACUGCAGUAUAUGUCGACGAUGCGUUUUGAAUAUGGACCAUCACUGCCCGUGGAUAAACAACUGCGUAGGCUUCUACAACCGCAAGUACUUCCUGCUCUUCGUGAUAUACGCCUGGGUGUGUCUUCAGACCGUCUGUGUCUACGGGUCGGUGAUUACGCUGGACAAGGUACGACGACGACAACGACAAAACAAUACUGGCUUCUACGCUGACCUAGACCUUCUUCUUUCAUGUCGCUCGUGUUUCCAUGAAUACCUUUUUGGACGAUGAAGGUUUCUUGUCGACGUCUUAUUGUCUUUUUGAUCGACAUCGACUGAACAGGUUUUCCGCUACCUUACAGUGGCUUUUCCAGAAGGCGGGCCCGGUUUUCCUGUUCCCGGGGGCUUGGACCAGUUCGUGCAGUUGCGCCAUCUGGUAAAUUGGGUUGCUUCUCAUUUGAUGUGUUCUGCCACGACUCGCCUGCUCUCGACUCUUUUUCGUGUCUGAACGUGGAUAGUGAUGGUUUAGUUUGUUACUUCAAACUCCUGUGUUUCUGAUGGAUGGAAUGAAGAGCGUGAAGAUAAGUUUGCACUCACCAAAACUCUACUUUCUGCUGUCACUGAAAAUUCAGGGUAUGCUGAUAGGGCAGGGCGCCGCAACGCUUCUCGGCUGCACAUUAACAAACUUCAUGAAGUUCCACAUUCGCUUGAUUUCCAUCAACUACACUACCAUUGAAAAUCUGGAGCGCGAAGAUGGGCAGAAAAGCAAAUACGAUGUGGGUUACCGGCGAAACUGGGAGCAGGUGUUUGGCAGCAAUCUCCUUACGUGGUGGAUACCAAUACCAAUGAGCAACGCUCGCCCGCAUGGUACCACAGAUACAGAAAUCGUUUCAAAUCAAUGCGAAACUUCUUUAAAAACAGAGCAUUUCUAUUUGUCAGCAAUCCCAAUCGCAAGUGUGGCCCCCAUCUUCGUGCGUGGACGCCGCACCAGAAAGAACCGACAGAAAAGACCUUUUUUAUACCUAUUCUAUUUCCUCACCUCAGGCGACGGCGUCAGGUGGCGAGUGCAUUACACGAGACUGACAGACGAAGACGACGAGCUACCCGCCGACGACGAUAAUCCACAGCAUCGUCGCCUGCUGAAAUAAAAGACCGGCAGUUUUUUCCUCGUGCACCUGGCAAUUUCGGCAUCGGCUGUUGCAGUGCAUGAUCAUGACUGGCCAGAAAUCAAAUCUUGAAUUUCGCUUGCGUCUUGUGCGGGACGCAGAGGCACGAGGUCCUUCUUCACUCCUUUGCUUGCGCGACGCUUCGAUUAAUUUCAUGUAGAAAAGGUGAGGCGUCCUCGAAAAACAAACAAGAUUCAGUGCCUGUUCGCAUGCUGUGCUUUGUACGGUGUAGCGUGGUAGCAUGAAGAUGGAGAAAAACCUGACCAAAGAUGAAAUGGAAAUAUGCACAAGUUUAUCGAUCCUUCCAUACAUGAGGUCAAACAGAUCCGCG